UAAUCCCUCUUGUCUUCAUCUCUUAACUAUAUGUGUUCCUCACAAGGGUUCGGUUUGAUACUCCCUUUGCUACUUACCACUGAGGCUCCUACAGAACAGAAUAGUUAAGAAAACACCUUGCAGUGUAUCGAAGUAUGUUAGGGGCAAACUGGUCUCAAACAACUGCCAUAUGCAGAUUUAAGAAUAUAGUACAGUAUAGACAAGUGAAACAGCAACAUCUAGUGGUAGACUUACGAUGAUUGUUUUCAUUUUUGGAGACUAAAGAAUCACCACCACUCUUUCUAUUUUGCAUCCUAAAAUUCUUCUGUGGGUACUUUCCUGACCCUAAUGUGUCUCCUCACAUCAGGAUUUCCAAGUGUACAGCAGUCCCAUUUCUGCUCUUGUCUUCUGCAAGGAUACAUUCUGGAUCCCACAGAACAGAGAUCUUGACUGAGUGUGUGCGAGUCCUGUUCUCAUCACUUGGUGUGCGUCUUGUUUUGCAUUUGGCCACAUGAUGCUGCCAUGCUUUGCUUACUCUUUAAUGCACAUAAACUCUCCUCUGCUGGCUGUCUCCCUGCCUGGCCUGCUCUGCAGCUCUCUCUGGUGGGAGGUUGUACUCCUUACACAUUACUCAAGGUAGAGUAGCAUCUUGUAUUAGUUGAUGUUAAGGAAUGUGUUUUCUAAAAUCUAAAAGCACGAACAAGUCCUCACUCCACUACAGUCCAAUCUACAUUAUCUGUGUGAAACCUUCCCCCUGAACCCAUCAAAUCAAAUACUUUAUUGUCAUAAAAAGGUCAACUUUACAAUGAAAUUAAGAGUGCCACUGCAUAAGGUGCAUAGUUAAAACAAUCAUAACACAAAACAAACAUGAGUAAAACUUUUUUUAAAUAUGUUAGAACACUGAUGUAGUAAAUAAAUAUAAAAAUAAAUGGUAAAUGGACUGCACUUUUAUAGCGCUUUUAUUCAAAUCGAUUUACACUACAGACUGUGGUCAUUCCCGUUCACACUCUCAUUCAUGCUGGUGGCCGAGGCUACCAGGGGACCCUGGUGCCACCUGCCACACAUUGGGAGUUCAUUCAUACACCUAUGAACGCAGCAUCGGGAGCCAUGUGGGGUUCAGUAUCUUGCCCAAAGGUACUUUUGGUAUUUGGCUGCCAUGGUCUGGGAUCGAACCACUGACCUUCCGAUCAAUGGGUGACCGCUCUAAUGAGACACUGACCCCUGAAAAUGCUACCAUGUUAUUGACGAGGUAGACAGUAUGUCUUGUACAUAUUAGUUGUAUUGCACGUGUCUGUUUUAUUGUACAUUCUGUCUAUUUGUUGAAUACUAAGGCAGAUUCAUCAGUCAGACCAAACAAAAAGAGCAAUUACUACAAGUUCUCUGAUGCAUUUCCAAUGGAAGUGAUUGGGUGGGCAAAAUUAAUUUGAAAAAAGUUGGUUUUGAAAAACUUUGACAGAUUUUAUGACGACUUGUUACAUGUUGCAACUUUGACUUCUGUCAAAACCUGAGGUUUUGUGUCUUGCAGGCUGAUGAGGAAAAGAAACUUUUACCACAAUGACUUUGAUCUGAUAACCAGUAGCAUCAGAACCACAACAGUCGUUCUUCGCUUCUUGUGGUGAGUCUUAUCAUACUUUUUAUGUAUGUAUGUUAGACUUUAGGGCCUGGCUUGCUGAAUUGGGGCACUGACAUGCUGAAACAGAAAAAAUCCUUUUCACAAGUUGGAAGCACACAGUUUUCUAAAAUGUCAUUGUAUGCUGUAGAAUUACAAUUUUCCAUAACUGAAACUAUAUACUGCUGUGUGUCAUAGUGUUCUUUUGUUGAUACUGCCACUAGUCAUCAGAGUUUUUAUUUUCCGAUUUCAAAUCCUGCUACACAAACAUUUUAAUAAUAUACACCAUAGUAUUUUGUUUCAGGUAAAAGUUAAAAUCCAAGUGCUAUAUUGUGGCUUUCAAAUGCUAAAGAAGUCAUAUCACUAUUUUAACAUGCCCACUUUAUACUAAUCCCAUGCAGUUUGGAACAGAAACCAUGUAGUUUUUUCUCAUGCCGCAAAAUAUGUUAUUUUCACCUAUUGUAUUUGAAUAUUUCUGCAGUAUGCUAUUUGCAUCUCUGUAACAGGAUGAGGUGUCCCUGCAUCGCUCGAAAAGAAACACCAGAAAGUGGAAGUUUUUCUACUAAAUAUAUUGAUAACAGUACUGUACUCCUCUCUAAGACAACAGGAUGUGAAAGUAAACUACCACUACCCCAAACAAUUUCAUAAAAGAUCUCUAAUGGCACACCUUAUGAUAUAGUUGAUAACAAUGGAUAAUUUUAAGAUUCUCUUUUUUACAUUUCCAGAUUUAAAAUCUCACUUUUCAAGUAUUAAUUAAAUCAUUGCAAAUGUAGGGUAUACUAGUACGGCAUUUAAGCUCAUACAUGAAAGGUAUUGUGUGUACCUUAUGAAAGAAGCAUAACAUUUUUCACCAGGGUUAGUAUAUAUAUGACGAGGUAUUUCUGAUGGACCUCUAAACUUAAAGAGAGGUCAUUGACUUUGAACAACGUGGAAAUCCAAUUUUGGCCCAAUGAUAAGAAUAAGCUAAUGUUAACAGUCAUAUUCAUACAACAUGAACAUCUUACAUUCAAAUAUUGUUCAAAGACCUUGCAAAGUAGAAGAUUAAAGGUUUUUAUAUAUAAACAAUGCUACAUUAAGGCUGAUAACAUUAGCCUCUUUCCAUACAGUGGAUUAGUUCAUAGCAUGACUUUGAUAGCUCUGGUCGUGUGGUCCAAAGAGGUGACCUGGUGUUCCAUCCUUUAUCCAAACAUAGCACAGGAGUCAUGCCUUGGAUUUUGAUGUAUUCUUCUUUUCCAAAUGAUUACCUUUCUUCCUUGAGUUAUUGGAGCUUUUUAUUAUUUGAUUUAUUCUAGAUAUCUGCUUUUCAAUACUUAAUUUUGCUAGCUUCUGGUAUUUGUUUUGUUUUUUAACUGUUUGAGCAGUGAUCCCACAGGUUUAUCUAGCUAGGAGAAGCAGCUUUUAGUGUUUAUGCCCCGCGAAAGUGGAACACCCUGCCUGACUCAGUUAAACAUGCCACAUCAGUAGCCAUUUAUAAAAACAGAUUAAAAACCUAUCUUUUUUCAACAGCAUUCGGUUGAACUGUGUGCGUGCGUGUGUGCAUGUGUGGUUGUGGGAGUGGGUGCACAUGUGUGAGUAAGUAAGUGUGUAUGUGGUGAAUAUGGCAUAGCUUGUCUACCUGCACUCUUCAAUUCAUUUGUAAUUGAUUUUUUCUAAUUGUUUGUUUUUGUUUAUUUUCUGUUGUUUUGUUUUGUUUUUUAACUGUAAUUAUGUAUAUCCAUUGUGAAGCACAUUGAGUCUGCCUUGUGCAUGAAAUGCGCUCUAUAAAUAAAGUUGAAUUGAAUUGAAUAGGCUGGUGCACUGGAAUUGUUGUCUGGAUGAGAAAGACAGCAGGAGCCAAGCACUUAGAUCUUUGAUGGGUUGGUCACAAAAGAUGAAAGAUAAAACCACACAUGCAUACAGUUGAUUCCAGAGCUCAUCAAAACAACUUUUCAGAUCGUUUUGGAAUGAGGUUCACUAACUGUCAAGUCGGUGCAUUUUAUGAAUACCACUUCUGUGAUUUAUCACUACCCUGACGCAGGCAGAUGGGUUUGCUGCACUCAACAGUUUGAAAAGUUUUCAUUGGACAAGGGCCGACGCUUAUAAGAAAAAAACCUUGGAAGCAAUUGGAUGAGUCAUCUGUCACCGAUACACAACCAUCCAUCCAUCCAUCCAUCCAUUUUCUUCCGCUUAUCCGGGGCCGGGUCGCGGGGGCAGCAGGCUAAGCAGGGCAUUCCAGACGUCCCUCUCCCCAACGUCCAGCUCCUCCUGGGGGACCCCGAGGCGUUCCCAGGCCAGGAGAGAGAUAUAAUCCCUCCACCGUGUUCUGGGUCUUCCCCGGGGCCUCCUACCAGUUACACAUACACAACCCACAUGCUGAAACCAUUCGGUAAAACAGCAAAAGUCUUCAGUGCUGUUCUCUGCGCUUUUAUUGAAGAAAUGCUAACUGAUAAUUGAUGCUUCUGCAGCGUCUAUGUUAAUCUCUUCAGGAGCAGCCAUUGUUGUUUAGAACAAACGGUCACCUCUUUCUGUCAUCACAAACACGUAGCUCCUCACAGGACGCUGAUUGGUCAAAACCUUCAAUUGUGCGACUCAAGUGCAUUAGUUGGAGCCUGGCAAGAUAGAUUUGCAAUCUUGUAAUCUCACAAUUGUCAGAUGACCUUGUACAAUUGUGAGAAUCGUGCUGCUGUGCAAGGUAAAUCACCCACAGGCAUUUUAUGAAAAAAUUCAGUAGCCAUAUUCACAAAGAAGCAUUUUAAGAUGAAAAGCCAAAUCUGUAAUCAUGACCAAUGAUGAAAAAAAAAAGGUUGAUCAGCAUACUUGUCAACCAUCAUAGCCUAAAUAAUUCUGAAUAUUCUACUGAGUUUACUUAAACAUUCGAAACCUGUGUGAAAUAAUCCUUACCUGUCUUUGAUCUACAAUAUUUAUUUAGUUGGUUCCAUCAACAGAAACAUUAAUUUGCCAACAUAAAAUAGUAUCAUGCAUAUCAAUAUUAUCAUGGUAUUGUAAAAUCUUAAAAAAAAAAAAAAAAACAACAACAAUGCCCUAUAUACAACCCCAUUCUAAAAAGAUUGGGACGCUGUGAAACACGUAAGAAACAAAAUGCAAUGAUUUGUUUGAAAUAAACAAAACCUUAAGUAAAGCAAAUCAAAUGUCCAGAUAAAUGCAACACAGCCAUAAUGGACAAAGAAAGGUGCAAUUGUCAUGUAAAAAAAAUGAUGCUAAACUGUAGCUUUUCAAAGCACGGUUAUCAAUCAAUGUUUUAAUUAUCAUUAAAAUUUGAUGAUGGCUAUUUUACAAUACUCUGAUGCUGGUCAGUUUCAAAGUCAUUGUUUCGCCCUCUAUAGGAGUUGAUGAAGAAAAACUCAACAGACUACAUAGAACAAAACUAGGAAAGAGAGCUAGCCUUUGAAAUCUCUCAGAAGAAAUGGAAAUAGAUAACAUAACUAAGGACUUAGAUAUUUAGGAUACAUAUUUAUUAAAAAAAUAUUCACGGUAGGUUCAUGAUAUCCUCCAUGUCUUCCCUUCUGUUCCACCUUUCCACUCUGUGUCUCUCACUGUCAAAUAAAGCUAAAAAAAUAACAAAAAUAGCUCAUAAGAGUUUAAUUUGUUAUCUUUAUAUUUGUCAAAAUAAAUGUACCUUUAGCUGUACCAGGCAUUAAAAUGAACAAGAAAUUGAAGAAAAAGGGUCGUCUUAUAUUUUUUUCCAUGACUGUAGAUCUAUACAGGGCGGCCCUUGGAGCGAUUGGGGUUAAGGUUGAUUGCAUAAGAGCUUGGCAAACCUGUUACCUGAUCCAGGUAAGGGAGGUGGCUCGAUGACUGAGUGGGAGGAAUGUGAUGGUGUUAUUAUCUAUUUAAUGGAUUAUUUUUUUUCAACUCCCUUUUUUGCCAGGGUGGAGGGGUGGUUCAGUUUAUAUAUAUAUAUAUGACAGGGCACAGUUGCAGGAAGACAGCGGAUAGAAUAGAGACGGGGACUUCACGACUAUGAAGAGUUAUGCUGACACUGUAGCUUUUCUGGGUCAUUGGGGACGUUUCCAGCAGGUGGUUUUCUUCCUGCUAGUUGCCAGCAUCGUGCCCAAUGGAUUUGGUGCUUUCACUCUUGUUUUCCUCACUGACAUCCCAGGUCACCACUGCAUUGUUAAUGACUCGGACCUCACCGAAGACUGGCGGAAAACCAUUUUACCAAUACAGGUGGUGAAUGGGAAGCAGCAGCUGAGCCGAUGCAGCAGGUACAGGCUGGAUGUGGUCAGAAAUCUCUCCGCCCAGGGACUCAUUCCUGGCAGGGACGUGAACCUCACUUACCUGGAGCAGGAGGGCUGUGUGGACGGCUGGAGCUACAGCAGAGACAUCUACCAAUCCACCGUCACCUCUGAGUUUGACCUGGUGUGCAGUGAGCAGUGGAAGCAGCCGUUGACCACCAUGGUUUUCUUCCUUGGAGUUCUUUGUGGAUCCUUCUUCUCAGGGCAGCUCUCAGACAGAAUUGGAAGAAAACCUGUUCUUUUUGCAACCAUGGCAGUUCAGACAGUUUUUACUUUUAUUCAAGUCUUCUCGACUUCAUGGAUUAUGUUCACCGUCCUCCUCUUCAUCAAUGGUUUGGGACAGAUCUCCAACUAUACAGCUGCUUUAGUUCUGGGCGCUGAGAUCUUGACUGGCGAUGUGCGAGUCCUUUACUCUUCUAUGGGCACAUGUUUAGGCUUUGCUUUGGGCUACAUGAUGCUGCCUCUGUUUGCUUACUUUAUAAGGAGCUGGAGAUAUCUACUGUUGGCUUUGUCUUUGCCUGGCCUGGCCUACAUUCCCCUCUGGUGGUUGCUCCCAGAGUCUCCUCGGUGGUUGCUCUCUCAGGGAAGAGUGGAGGAGGCUGAGGCUGUAAUGAGAAAGGCUGCUAAGUUGAACAAAGUUCAUGCUCCAGGAGUCAUCUUUAAAGAUUACAGUGUUAAUGAAACAAAGACAGACUCUAAAGAUCGCCUUAAUGCCUUCGACCUGCUGAGAACCAGUAGCAUCAGACUUACAACCCUUAUUCUCUGCUUAGUGUCGUUCACAGUGACUGCUGGAUACUAUAGCCUGUCGUUCAACACAUCCCAACUCCAUACUAACCCUUAUAUCAGCUGCUUCAUCUCAGCAGCUGUUGAGGUACCAGCAUACGUUUCCAGCUGGCUGGCUCUGCGAUACCUUCCCCGCCGGCUGUCUGUCAUUGGUACCUCCCUUCUUGGAGCAGUGCCACUGUUUCUCAUUCAACUCGUGCCUCAAAGUCUAUCAAAUCUGUCUCUUGCUCUGGAGAUGUUGGGUAAAUAUUUUAUUACCACUUGUUCCUCCCUGAUGAUUGCCUACGUGGCAGAGCUUUACCCAACAAUGCUCAGGAACACAGCAUCAGGAAUAUGCACGACUGUUUCCAGGCUGGGAUGUUGCAUUGCACCUUUUUUGUUAGCGCUGGAUGUAUACUCAUUAUAUCUACCAUAUAUGAUACUGGGGACUCUGUCAGUUAUGUCUGCCCUUGGUGCAGUCUUCCUCCCAGAGACUUUUGGAUGCCCUCUACCUGAAACUAUGCAACAGAUGCAUAGAAGAGAAAGGAUAAAGUGUCCGUGCAUCCCUGGAAAACAAACACCAGUACCUGUGGUACUCCCCAACAGCCCACUAUGAUCUACAAAGAGUGCUCUACUGUAGUCAUUCAGCUGUUGAGUAUCAUUACCUCUGUGUACAUUUAUUUUAUAUUUUUAGCUUUUAUUUCUUAAUUUAGGGUUUUUUCUUAAAUAAAUUGUAAAAAAAAAUGAACCUAUAGCUUUCCUUUUUGGAGAGAAUGUAAAAUUUAAACAGGAAUUAAAUGGUGGAGUAGAUUUCUAAUUAUGGCCAUUUUUUAAGAGGUUUCUUUUGUCUCAUUUUGAUUUUUUUCAUCUACAUAGGUCUAUGUUUUACCAUAAAUAGUGAAAAUGAACACAAAAUAUUCAGUAAAAGCUGCUUAAGGGUUUUCACAAAUAUCAUGUUUAAAAAAGUGUUUUGGUGUGAAUAUAUGGUGUAUAGAUAUAAAUUAAUGUCAUUUAGAAAUGCAGAAGGUGCACAAACACCCAUAAAGUUGCAAUAAUUUUGUUUUCAGUCACAAUCCUCUGUUAAUUGUGGUUUCAUUUUCAUAUGUUUGUAAGAGAUUGAUGAAUAAAGUUUUGAGAAGA